AUGUUCGUCGACGCUGCUGAACUUCCAAGUCGUCGAGUUUGGGUGGAUCGGAGUUUGAAAUUGAACUUGAAGAGCUGCACAGUGCAGUCACCGACGCCAAGGAAUGAAUUAUUCUCAGUCAGAGUCGAUAUCAUAACUUUUGGCAUUCUAGAGACCGGGAUCACAGAUGUGCGAUGCAACAGCUUGCGCGGAACUAGGUUUUUCUUCGUCAUUCGCAUCCAAGCCUGUCUGAGAGCAGAAAAAAUGUGCUACAAGAGUACUUUGGUUUUGUCGUGUAUCGAUCUGACAUUUGACCACGUCAUGUCGGUCAGUUCGGUUUUGGCUACAGUGUUAGAGGUGGGCCUUGCUUCGAGUCAACCGAAGCAGGGUGCUGCACUUAUGACCGAGUGUUAUUCUAAGCACUGGUGCUCUACGGCCGGCUCUUUGUCAGGGACUGGUCACUUAAAUCAGGAAAAUCUAGAUUACACGCUGACUGCGGUGCACUGGCCCGAGUUUGUGCCUGUGCCACGAGGAUCUGCCACAGCGUCCGUGCCAGUGUUGACUCUUGGUGCAGGCGCACAACUGUACAAUAUUAUGGCGGUAGACAUGGAGUGCUCGGCGCAUGCUGAUCACAUCCUUGAAGUCGAGGUGACGGAUACGCUUUCUAAUCUCGAUAUCACGAUUACUGAUAGAAGUAUAAGAACCAUCAAUGCUAUCCAGAACCCUGAGUACUUCUGGGCUGUGAGAGGCAAAGGCAAUGGGAAUCAUCAGUGGGUGACCUCGUCUAUGACAAUUCAAACAUAUCCUGCCAUUGACAUCAGGGCGUUUCUCCUUGUUAUUGAGCCAAAUCCUCCCCAAAACUUGACUACGCUGGCCAUUGAUUUUAUUGCGCUCCUGGGCAAGUACCAAACCGAACUGGUUAACUCUGGCAUGGUUUUGGCUCUGGUUCCAUUCAAGGCACAGUACAUCCUCCGUGGCGUCAAACACAACCUCGGCAACGAUGUUUGCAUCUGUCUGACAGACGCAAACAUCGUUGCCGAGGAAGUCAAAUUCUUGAUGAACUUCUCCAGUCCGGACCGCGGGUACCUCCGGCGCAGUCCUGCUGUUCUUGUUAGGGAAUAUGCGCGCCAGAAGGCCAACGAGACAGUUCACGAUGCGACUAAUCCUCUUACCGCGCGUGGCAUUGCGAGCAGUUAUCAGAAUGAAGACAACGUUUUCGAGAUGAACUGGCAGCAAGCCUGUACAGUGUUCUUUGGGUACAAAUAUGCGAACCUGUCUUCCAUAAAGCAAAAGUACGACCUCCGAAAUUGCGAGUCCGCCACUUUCUUCACUACUUACAAGAUUACAAGGAAUGUUAAGAGGAAGCAGUUGCUUCUGUACAACGGUAACACAACGGACUUGAAUCCAAUUCUUGUUGCAAGUCAAACCAUUACUUACUGA